UGACCAAUACGCGUAUAUUAUGUCUUGACAAUGAACGGCACGACAAUCCAAUAGCAGCACCUUUCAUGCAUAAAUUGAUCAAAAGAUGACAUGGAGACUUGGAGAAGUCGCAAGCAAAGCCACACAAUGGGCGAGUAGUGGCAGCAGUAGCAGUAGUGGUAGCGACAUCGAGGGCGAUACCACCGUCGACUCUUUCGACAAUACCAGAACGAGUGUGUUACAGUUAACGGACACUACAUAUCGACGAGUAGACGCCGCCGCUAGUGCUAUCCAUCCGUCUGCGCCACUAAAUUUUCACCUGCUGGCGACGGCUCCGGUAGAAAACCAAAACCCACAUCACAGGAACGCGACAUCUUCGUCCGCUACACAAUCCUACUGGAAUUACGCCAGCAACACGCUACAACAAGCCGCCGAAUCAACCUACUCCGGCGUUUCGGGACUGAUCGCCAAUCUUUAUCAGGACAACAAGGAUAAUUCGACGAUACAGAACCGCCCGGAUUCUUGGUUUGGGACACAGUAUCCAUGGAAUACAUCCAGCCAACCCACUGGCGCCGCCAACAACCUCACUGGUGAUCCGUACGCCAACGAUGUGCCUGCCAACAACAACAACUACAAAAACAGUAGUAUCUUCAAUGUCGCCAAGCUUACGAAUUGGGUUUUUUCGCCCCGGGCCGGCUCCUUUCGCAAAGCCGAAAACUACGACACAACGAGUGGAAGGGCCUUGCCAAUCCCCGGCGCCGCGAGCAAUCCACGACGAGGUACAUAUUCGACUCCCGACCUUACCGGUAUGCUAUUGGACAACCCCUACAAUUCAGUUCGUGGACGACGGCACUCGAAGCGCAAUAGCAUGUCCGCUGUCCGUUCUUUACUUACACUCGUACCCAACAACAAAAACAUCAUCCAAAACAGCAUCCCUACAUCGUCCAUUGUCGACACCAUUACAGCACCUCUGCAUACACUCCACGAAACCAGCGAGUCGCGAGACAACACCACGCUUUCCCUGACGAUACCACAAGCAAACGAAGAUUCAUCCGAUCUUCCCAGUCUGCAACAGUCGUGGAGUGAAUAUGAUUUGACCCCUGUCCGCGACACACCGAGCAGCAAGAGGACGAAUUGCGAUCCCAGCACUCCGCCCUUGACACAGUCACGUCACAAAACAGCCGUUUCGGACGCAGAGACGGCUUCCCAAGUGGCUGAAGGAACCAUUCGAGCCUUGCGGGAUAUGGCUUUAGACGAAGCAGUUGAACUACAAGCGUCGUUGCGCUUUUGGACGGAUCGUUGGGAACAGCCUGUCCUUAGUUGGAUUGAAGCGGGACCGUACGUAUGGACAUCACGGGCGGGAUACAAUCACCAAGCUGUUGGUCGGAAAGUCUCCCAAAUCCAAGCUGUCCUAGCGCGACGGUGCGCAGCGAUCGGCGAAUUACAGCAACAUUUGCUCAAGGCCGGUUGGCAACGAGGUGUCGCCCAGUGGGGUGUACUGGGACAGGGUGGGCAAUGGGCCGCUGUUGCUGGCUUUGAUGCGGAACGAAACGUCCUGCCGUCGGAGGGAGAACCACAAGAUGUCAAAGGUGAUCGACAGCCCGCAGGGAGAAUGGAACCGCCCGAACGAGAGCCAUUAUACCGUCACAUGUCGAGUGAUAUAACCGAUGUAGUGCACGAACCAUCGCAUUCGUCAACUGGUAAUUCGGCGUCUUCUUUGCCAAACAUUUCGGUUGUGGACGCCAACCACGUAGGCAUAGACAUGAACACACACUCUAUUUCGCAGCACGGAAAAAGCCGACGCGAUCGCCAACAUUCAACCAAAAAAGUCAUGGCCAACGUCAUGGUACAGAAGCGUGAUGGUGGCGGCAUCUUCGUGGAUGAUCCAUCAAUUUUGGCGGAAUGGUCCGUCGAGGCCAUUGCGCUGACUCGGCGCCAACUAUUUCGCGCCGCCAAUGGACAGUUGCCUCUACCGUUCGAUUCCAACUGGAUCAAAGAUCAGUACGAAGAAGACGGAACAAGAGUGAUCUCUCAGCCCGCCACAUCAGCCCGUCACCAUCCAUUGCCCCUAUGGGCGAGUGCUGAAUUGGCCAGCGGGGGAACUGUAGAAAUGUCGAGCUUACAGUCUGGAUCGAUUGAAGGCCAAGCAGCAAACCCCACUCCCAAAAAACCAGCUCAGAUAGCUAUCACUAAUUUGCCACUCAUGGUAAACGAAGUAACAAAACUGCUGGAUGUGAUGGAAGAUGCGAUGGAGAUUCAGAGGUGGCGGAGGUUGGAUCGAUUGCGACCGCCUUCUUGGUUGCGCCGAAAUUGGUAUAUGGUUGCGGCACUUGUGCCAACAUGCUCCAUGUUUUUCUCCCAAGUUGUGCGUAAAGGCUACACGAAAGGCCUGGUGCAAGGUAUUAUUCGCAGUGUCUCAUCUUUCGUAAAGGAGAGAUUGCGCGAUCCAAUACGUGCCAUAUUUAACGAGCUUCUUAAGGGCCGGGAGAACUUUAGUGACAGUAAAGCCCGAGCCGAAGCCGUGGAGACAUUGAAGAAGAUGAUUGAGAGCUGGCUAGAGGACUACCAUCCUCACAUGUCUCCCGAAGAACGUCGCGCCAUGGCAGAAGCAAUGGAUGUGACGAUGGUGGAAAAGACUAAGGAAGAGAGUAUGAAAACCUUUUACGAAAUCAACAACGUGAUUCGGAUGAGCUUUAUUGAAAUGCAGUAUAUGAAAAAGGAAAUGAUGAAUGCGCUCAACGCAAUGGAUGAAAUGAUGUCAGCAAAUGACAUCAAUAUGAACCUAGCCGCGAUCACGCCAGUCUUCCUUGUCAGCUACUUUUCUACUCGCAUCUUCAAAUUCAUGUACUACGCCCUUUUGAAGCUUGGCAAAAGCCGCGAAGAAACGUUCGCGUCAUUCCGCGACAUAUUGACAGACAUUGAUCGACUGCUCGUCAUGCGGGAUAACCCGCCGCCACCUCCCGGCCACUCUGAGUCUGAAUUAGCAAGUCAUGUUGCACCAUGUGUACUUGGUCGGGAUGAUUUAGGAAUGUUGAUGCUGCUGAUUCAUGAGUGUCGGACAAUCAUGUGGCGCGAUCGGCAUCGCUUCCAACCUAAAGUAAUCGCGAAUGUGUCUGAGGAUCUUGACGAGAUCGCCGGAGAAAGAGGUGCUGUGAGUGUUCGUCAGCAGCUGCAAAUCGUCGCCCGUAUGAGCCGGACGUACCCUUUCCUGAAAGUAAUAAGUACCGGCCACGAUUUUCAUUACAGUCAACUUCGCAUGGUGGGAUAAAGCUGUAACCAGCGCAUCGCUGUUUUUGACUUUGCGCCAGAUUCAGAAAAUGGCGAGGCAAAGAGAGGGAUGGAUGGUGUGAUAUGCGAGAUGUAGACAUAUGUUGUUGUAGUACUUUU